AUGGCACACCCUCUUCCAUUUGAUGCCUGGGACCCGUUGGAUUACUUGAGUCCAGCAGAACUAUCUCGUCUCGACGAACGGUUUGACCACGCAUUACGAGAUGCUCGCUGCCUGGUGUUUUGGACCGGCUUGUCCCCUGAGCUGGCCCAGCGUUGGGCCGUUGGACAUGGAUUACAGACACUAAUCAUUGCUAUGGGCCCAUUAUAUAGCGACCGCGAUGUUGGAGGCGCGAGAUACGGCAAGUCUACUAAUGCGUGGUCCAAGUAUAUGAAAGGAGCUUCAGGUCGAUUUGCAGAAUAUACGGGUCGCGGUGGCCGACAAGCAAUUGUUUUGACCAAGCCACCACCAGACAUUUACAGUCGGAGAGAGUGGUCCAACUAUCGAUGCUUAGAAGAACCGAUCUUGAAAGGAGCCUUCGGGGGCGCAAGGGCUGUCCAGAUCUGCUAUGUCCACCCAACAAUCAAGGGUGCGGUCGCUUUUCAAUAUCAGAUCUGGCCCCUCAAUAAAUCCGACGAGUGGGACACGUUCUUCAGAUCUCUUCUGCCUCAUGAUGGCAAUGUUAAAUUGGCGAAAAGUAAAACGAUUGUUGGGAUGAGUACGACACAAGAAUCUCUGGCGCAAAACCAGCAAGGUAUAUUGCCACUGCCAAGUGAAAAGCAAGCGAAAGCCCUGGAGAAAGAGGCUCGACGAAAGAAGGCGGAACUAGAGCUACAGCAGGCUCGAGAAAGGAAAGAAGCGAAUCGAAAGCGAGCGGAGGAGGCUCAGCGAAAGGAGGCGGCAAAGAAGGAAGCCCAGGCAAAGAAGGAAGCCCAGGCAAAGAAGGAAGCCCAGGCAAGAAAAGAGGCCAGACGGCGAAGAGCAGAGUUGGAGCGACAACAGGCUCUGCAAAAGAAACAAGCCAAACAAAAGGGGAAAAAAACCUCCAUGAUUACCAGCGAGGUGAAGUCCGUCCCGGUUAAGAUUGAAGUCGCCGGGUUUCCAAACGCGUCAGACGAGGUUGAGGCCAUUUAA